CCGGGGGCUCGGGAUACUGCCGGUGCGAAGCUCCGAGCGCGGUAGAGUCGCGCGGUUCCCUCCGGCCCGGCCAUGUCUGACCCGGCUCAGCAGCCUGCUCCCGGCGCUCCCGAAGGAGGGGCUCCCGAAGGAGGCGCUCCCGAGGGGGCAGCCCCCGGUGGGGGUCCCCCCGGGGCUCCCCCCAACCUGACCAGCAAUCGCCGCCUGCAGCAGACGCAGGCACAAGUGCAGGAGGUGGUUGAUAUAAUGUGUGUAAACGUAGACAAGGUGCUGCAGCGAGACGAGAAGCUGUCAGAGCUGGAUGACCGCGCAGACGCGCUGCAGGCCGGCGCCUCAGUGUUUGAGAGCAGUGCAGCCAAACUCAAAAGGAAGUACUGGUGGAAGAACUGCAAGAUGAUGAUCAUGAUGGGAGUGAUUGGUGCCCUUGUGGUGGUGGUGAUUGCAAAAAGCAACUCUCCAUUGGUGUUGGAAUAUAAGUUCAGGGCCCAAAUGAAGACCUCCAAGAGUAGGAUGCUGUUCACAACAUCUCUUGGAGCAUGA